UGCCCAGAGAGCGACAUAUGCUACUCUCUCAACAUUCCAGAAUCCACUGCCAGCUCUGGAAAUGGCGACAUUUUCUUUCAACUCUCUGCUCCGACUACAUACUCAUGGCUGGCUCUCGGUCAAGGAUCGUCGAUGUCUGGGUCGAACAUCUUCGUGAUGUAUACUUCAGCAGGUGGAAAAAAUGUCACACUAUCUCCACGACUAGGCACUGGGCAUGUUGAACCUCAGCACGAUACCAACGCCCAAGUCGAACUACUAGAAGGCUCAGGCAUCAGCAACGGCAAGAUGGUUGCCAACGUGCGGUGCAGUAAUUGCAAUAGCUGGUCUGGAGGCAAAAUGGACUUCACGGGCUCUUCAAGCGACUGGAUAUUCGCGUACAAGUCGGGCGAUUCGAUGAACUCGGAUGAUCUAUCCGCCAGCAUAAGCAGACACGACAAUGCAUCUCCCUUUACAUGGAACAUGGCUAGUGCGAAAGGAGGUGAUAGCGUAAACCCAUUCGACAGCGGCUUGUCAAGCAACGGCGACACAGGCUCUGCAACCUUUGAGAACAACGGAGCACCAUUUGGCGGUGACUACAAAAUGGGCGACCGCAUCAUCAGUGCUCACGGAGCUCUAGCUUCCCUAGCAUUCGUCGGUCUCUUCCCAAUUGGAGGCAUCUUGAUCCGCAUCGCGAAUUUCACCGGGUUGAUCUGGGUUCACGCUGCUAUGCAAGCCGUUGCAUAUCUCAUCUACAUUGUCGCGUUUGGAAUGGGAGCAUAUCUCAUGUCUCAGCUCCGCAGCUCCAUCACCAUCCACGCCCAUCCGAUCAUAGGCGGCAUAUUGUUCCUCGUUCUCCUUUCGCAACCCAUAAGCGGCCUGCUGCAUCACCGACUCUUCAAGAAAUAUGGACACCGGACCGGCUGGUCUUAUGCUCAUUUGACUAUCGGACGCAUCGCGAUCCCACUGGGCAUGAUCAACGGAGGUCUUGGACUUGCGAUAGCAGGAGCUGGGACAGGUGCCAAGGCUGCAUACGCUGUAGUUGCAGUGAUCAUGUCACUGGCGUACAUUGCCAGCAUUGUCAUAGGUGAAAGACGACGGAGAGACAACCAGCCGCCAACAUACGGGCAGGCGACCAGGCUUACAGACGAGCGAGAUGCACCAAUCGCGCUGACUGAGCAUUUUGGGAAAGGGAGACGAGCGUAA